AUGCAACUUGCCGAGUGCAGGAGCUGGGGUCGAAAGGACAAUAAAUACACGUGCCGAUGUGGCGCUGGGGCGGACGAGUUUGGGCACCACGGUUUGGUUUGUCGCCUGGGUGGGGGCCGUCAACUACGUCACUCAGCGCUAAACGAUUACAUUUGUCGGCUCUUCUCCAAGGCUUCAAUCCCGGUUCUCAAGGAACCAUCUGGCAUUUCUGCGCAUGAUGGUAGGCGCCCGGACGGAUGCACGCUAAUACCUUGGAGAGCCGGCAGAUGUUUGGCGUGGGAUGUUACGGUCCCUGGCACCCUCGCCAAACGAUACGUAAACCUGACAAGUAAAGAAUGCGGUUUGGCCGCGGCCAGGGCAGCGGACGAGAAAAUGAAAAAAUAUGGGAACGCCCUCCCCUCGAUGGAAUUCUUGCCAAUAUGCAUCGAGGUUCUUGGCCCGAUGAACCCCAACACCCUUAAAUUUCUUAAGGAAAUAUGCAAAAUGAUCAGCGCUGAAAUCACUUUGGGCCCCAUGAAGUUAGCAUUCAAGUACUACAAGCUUAAUCAGAUGUUGAGACACAAAAAUAACUGA